AUGGUUUCAAGUCAACAAGUUAAUAAUGAAUUAAUUUCAAUUUUUAAAACUUUUAAUAAACAAGAAGAAUCAAAUUAUUUAGAUAAUUAUAGAUUAAAAAUUGAAACCCCAAAUAGUUACAUCAAACAAUUAGGAAAAGAAUUAAUUGCUGAUUACAACUAUAAAUACUUCCCCUCAUUACGUAAUAAAAGCGAAAAAAUAAUUUUAACAACAAAUAAUGACAAUUAUGUUAAUGACUAUUCAAUUUAUUUUGAUACACUGAAAAUGAGCUUAAUUCGUUUAGAACAGCUUUUUAUUCUCAACGAUUUACCACCAUUUUAUAUUUAUGAAUUUUUAAAACCUACAAAAAAUAAAUUUGGUCAAAAUAUAUCAAGUUGGAUUAAAAAUAUAACAGUGAUUGAUGUAAAGAAAAUUAAGCAAUUAAAAAUAUAUCUCGAUGAGUAUUUUCAGUUUAUAUUUGAUCGGCCGAAAAAUAUCUAUAAAAUUAAUAAAUUAGCAGUGCCAAUUGAUUUUUCAGACCAAAUUAAACUUGACGAGUUUGCAGAAUAUUUAAGUAGAAAUUCAAUUGUCGUUUUAGAUUUUUUUGAUGAAAAUCUUCGGUUAGUAAGUAGUGAAGAAGCAAAUAACAGUUUUAUUACUUGGUUUAAAGCAAUUUAUGAAACAAACAGCUAUGAAAUGCAAAAAAUUACAGAAUACAGAUCAAAUAUUGAAAAUCUUAUAAAAAGAAUAAAUGAAAUUCAUUCAAAAUAUAAAAAAAUAAAUUGUAACAUAAAUAAAUUAGGAAUAGAAGCAAAAAUCGCAAAGUUGGCGUUAAAAUUGAUUCCUGAUUAUUGUGAUAAUAACGUUAAUACUGAAAAUAAGCAAUGUUUAAUUGAUUUAGAACAAUUAAUUAUCUGA